AUGGCCGCCACGAUCUCCGGCCACCACGGUUUAGUCUUCAAUUCGCCGUCGAAGAGCUCCAAAGAAGGGCUUCCUCUCAUCACUUCGCUCUCUUUCCCGUUCGCGGCCAGGUGCCGGCGGCCUCUAAAGGCGGUAAGGACUCUCGCUUGGUCGGGCUCCCUUCGGACGGAUGGGUUCCUGCGGAAGAGGGGCCAGAGAUUUGGGAAUUUGUCAGGGUGUUCGGGAGUUGUCAUUCGAUGCCAGGCGGCGAAGGAUGGGAAGACGGUAUAUCCUUUCGACUCUGACUGGAAUUUGUUUUUUUUCUUCCAUUUGGGGGAUUAGAAUGUCGUUUGGCAUUUGGCUUACGGCAUGCUUGAGAUGUUCCGCUUACUGAAAUAGUGGCCACAAUAGAUCGAAGAUAAAGAUGGAGAAAAUGUUCCAGUCGUCAGUACGUGCUGUGUUUCCAUCCACGGAACUCUAGCUUGGUAAAAUAAUACUGAUGACCGCAUGACAAGAGUGGAGUUUCCUAUGAUGAAUGCAUCCAGAUUACGUUCAAUGAAGAUACGGCAUCAGGGUGCCAGCCCCCUCUGCGUACUUAGUUCUGGAGUGAAUUGAACAUGCUGCCAACUCUGGUUGUCAAUAAAGAUUUGGAAAUUCGUUUUACCUUUUUCUUGGAAAUUAUGCAUAAUAAGUUCGAGCCAUUGUUUAAAUUAACGAGCAAGAGUUUUUGGGUUGUUGGAUGCAGCUAUAUUACAUUUGUAAAGAUAUGACGACUAUGUAUAUUUGGUGCAAAUGUUCAGACAAUUGAUGAAGAACGCAAGCAUAAGCCUUUGCUAUGUCAGAGGCAUUUUGGAUAUGUCCUGUUAACAUAAUAUCUACAGACAGCUAAGCCUGCUGGCUACUUUUGUUCCCCAAUAAGUAUUUAACCCACCCAUGGAAGGUGGCUGCAUCGAGGUCUAGUGUAUUCAAUCAAAACCUUUUCUAGCUGAGCAACUUUUUUUUGGAUCCCAUCUUCAAUAGUGUUUACUUGUAUUUUUAUUUAAAAGCUGGAGUUGUUUCUUGCAGUGUCAUUUAAGUGUGUUCAGAUAAAAUAAUAUGUUCCCAUCUACCUAAUAAAUCACUUUCCCCUUAUAAUUGAGUGUCAUUUCUUGCAGUCCCAUCAUUUAAGUCACCUAUAAUAACUGAAUGAUUCUAUACCCCCAAACAGCUGGAGGUCUAUGUGAAGUGAAAAGAUCGUUCAUGUGCCAAAAUACAAGCCCUAAAUCUGUUUAUUAUGCCCCUUGUGGGCAAGAUCUCCUAGGUCUUGUUUAGAUAUUUUACCCUUAUUUUUCUAACUUGUGUAAAUAUACUCAAGGUUCUUUUUACUAAUAUCUUUGAUCUUAUUUUAGAUUUCUCAACAAGACUUCACUGAGAUGGCUUGGCAAGCUCUUGUUGCAUCGCCUGAAGUGGCAAAAGAGAGCAAACACCAGAUUGUGGAGACAGAGCAUUUGAUGAAGACGUUACUAGAGCAGAAGAAUGGGCUAGCUCGUCGAAUCUUUUCCAAAGCUGGAGUUGACAAUACCCGCCUUCUUGAAGCCACGGAUAAGUUCAUCCAGAGGCAGCCAAAGGUAUCGUCUGGCUCUGAAUUUCAUCAAUCAUGCUUUUUUCUGUUUGACUUAGACAACUUUGAAUUUUUUUGUAUAGCUUAUUUACAGGUUCUUGUGCAGGAACUACUGCUCAUUUUGUAGUAGAGUAAUGAUUGAGUCAUAGUUUAUUUGUAUUGAGAAAUUGAAGCUGCAGUUAGAUGGACGUACUUGUUUGAUGGCGUUUUUCAGUUUUCUGUCCCCUAUGGCUUAUUGAUUUUUAUCAGAUUUUUCAUGCUUUUCUUUUUCAUUUCUGUUUCUUGUUUGAUGAGGACCUCUGGAAAAUUGUGGCAAUCUAUUAGAGAACGGAAUCCAUCAAACAUAUCUAGUGUUUCAAUGGCGAGUUGAAUAAUAUACGUUGUAGAUUGUUUUUCACUCUGGAGAAAUUGCGACUGAGUCGUAAGUAGCUUCAGUGGCGAGAUUUAGUCACGUUCUUUGAAACUUCUCUCAUCUUAACCAAAAUUUAUCAGAAUUAGAGUUGACUUUAAUCUUCAACAGUGAUGACUCCAGUGGCUGGGUUGACCACGCUUCUCUCUCCAGAAUGGAAUAAUGUAGAAGUUUAUAUUCGGUGAAUGUUCCACUUGACUGCGUGUUCCUAAUGUCUUCCAUUUACUCAACUGUGCAUUUCAAAAGUGAAGUUCAAUUUGCUUCCAUUAAGAUGAAUAGUGAUACUAUACACUUGCAUGUGAGAUGCACUCAUGGACACACGUAUAUCCUUUAUCCAAAGACUGGUUGGUAAGGCCUAGUAAUGAUGGAUCAUAGUCGGAAUGAUGAGACUGAUAUGUAUGUUCCAUAAUUGAGUCAGCUUUUCAAGUUUCUUACGUGCAAUAAGCAACAGAGUUGUUUUACUGUGCAAGAAGAGAUUCAAAUAAUCUAGAUAUAUUUGGACUAACUUGGAGAAAGUCCAUAUGAUGCUUGAAGUUGUGAAAGUUGUCUUAGGCCCUAUAUGCAAUUUUUAUUUCAUUCAUUGAUUAAAACUUUCACGUGUCAAGGUAGAUUAUACUGACACAACAUGUGUCAGUAUAACAAUAUUGCUUCCCUUUUAGUUCUAACAUUACGUUUUAUUUGCCAAGGUUUGUAAAUGCUUCAUUAUAGUUGACAUUUAGCGCUGGGCUCAAGAACCGAUAUCUAGGAAUUGGAAACUGCAUAAGGUAGUUGUUGGUAAUGCCGUUUUCAACAUCAAUGGAUGUAAUUAGCAAAAGUUGGCUCGGUUUGACAGAUUCCUUAUUGAAAAAGACAAAUCUGAUUCCGAUAUGUCAGUUGUGCUGUCUGGUCCCAGUCCAUUUACUUGAAUCUACUUUAAAUCUCUAUUGACCAUUCUAAAAUUCGCUAACCGUGCAAAAUUAGAGUGACAUUACAACAUGGCUGACAUAACAGCAUGCGUUUUUUCUUCACGCAGGAAAAAAAAACUUUUGUUAUUAUCUGUACUUGUGAAUGAUUAUCUUUCUUAAGACAGUACUUGUCAUGUUGCAUAUCAAUUUGUUUUUUUUGUGAUUUGUAUGCUGCCAUCCCCAGGUUUCUGGUGGUUAAUCUUCUAUGAAUGUCCGCUUUCCAUGUAUGUAUAUGCCUGACAGGCAUGUGACGGCAUAAAAAAUUGCAGGUUUAUGGCGAGUCAUCUGGUUCCAUGUUAGGACGGGAUCUCGAGGCUCUUAUUCAAAGAGCUAGGGACUUCAAGAAAAAAUAUGGAGAUUCAUUUGUAUCCGUUGAGCAUUUAGUGCUUGCUUAUGCAGAAGAUCAGCGGUUUGGUAAGCAAUUGUUGAAAGAUUUUCAGAUAUCUUUCAACACGUUGUCAACCUCGGUAAAAGAUAUAAGAGGGCGUCAAAACGUUAUGGACCAGGGUAAUAUUCCAUUUUGUUCUUCUUCAUCUGUGAAAAAUCCUGUAAAUAUUAUCAGUGAAUUUUCUUGCAGCACUUUUUUUUUGGUUUUUUUGUUGACUAGAAUAUUUAAAUACGUGAAUAGUUGAUCUAACAAGUCCCAAGAAUCCACACAAAUGAUUCUUUGGAUUUUACACUGUGAAAGGUAUAUAUGGUUUAUUUCUGGAGAUUCUGGAUUGGUGUAUUUUUUUUUUGUGCAUGUCGAGCUUUAUGUUCUUCUUCAUUCAUCUUCAGUAGUUGGCCAAUAUUUAACUGUGGUUAUUCCAACUGAUGCGUAAAAUGCAAGAUCUCUGGAUUUGUCACAGAUCCUGAAGGCAAGUAUGAAUCCUUGGAAAAAUAUGGGAAAGAUUUGACAGCCAUGGCACGAUCAGGGAAGCUCGAUCCUGUUAUUGGAAGAGAUGAUGAGAUAAGAAGGUGCAUACAAAUUCUUUCACGGAGGACAAAAAACAAUCCGGUAUUGAUCGGUGAACCAGGAGUUGGGAAAACUGCUAUUUCUGAAGGGUAAGUGAGAAAAAAAUUGGUGUUUUUUGAAGAUUUAGUAGAAAAAAAAUGUGAUUGUCUUUACAAGCCGGUGUAGUAGAUGUUAAUGAUGGAUUCUAUUGUUCACAGGCUUGCCCAAAGAAUUGUGCAAGGAGAUGUGCCUCAAGCUCUGAUGAAUCGCAGGGUUUGUGUUCCCUCGAAGCCUCCUCUUACUCCAUUUUUCCAUACCUUUAUUGCCUUAAUGUUUCAUCUCGGCUUGGAUUCCAUAGUUUAGUUGCUUGAAUUUCAGAUUUCUUUACAUGUAAAUUUUGAUUGAUAGUAUAUUUCCGCUCACUAUUGCUUUGUCUUUUUUCAGUUCAUCUGGAACUACAUGCGUUCGACUUUUAGAAUCUUUAGGCUUAUAAACCUGAUCUUGCUUAGAUGUUGAUAUUGAUGAAUUAUUUAAUCGAAGAUGUUUUUGUACACCCUAUAAGAAAAGGUAGUUUUUUACUUGAAGAUGAAUUCUCCUUAGACUUUUAAAUAGAGACAUGGAAAAGGUUUUCUACAUUUUGCUCAGCUAGCUGGCUAUAAUUAACGUAACGGGAUCAUGAAUUAAGCUUCUCCAAAUAGGGUUUUCUGUGUAAACUCUAGAGAAGAGAAUGUUGCAUGUCUACAAGAUAGGGAAAAUUUAGUGCAUUCACCGGGACAAUAUAAGUAUGUUUUGAAUAUUCUUUGAUUUAUUACGGCUUGACGUGUGCUAUAGAUAUGUGUGAAAAUAUUUAUUAUGAUUUUUUGUUUUUUCUCCUUCACGUCAUGAUUUCUUGAGCGAAGUGGGAGACAAACAAUCAAUGUGGUUAAUUGGUUACAUUUGUCGGUGUUGGUACCUUUUACUGAUAAAAGAAUGAUUAUGAUAGAAAUUUAGCGACUCAGAGCCUAAUUUUUCUGACUCCCAUCUUUUCUCGCAGUUGAUAUCCCUUGAUAUGGGUGCGCUUAUAGCUGGUGCAAAAUUCAGAGGGGAAUUUGAGGACAGGCUGAAAGCUGUCCUGAAGGAAGUGACCGAUUCAGAUGGUCAAAUAGUCCUGUUCAUUGAUGAAAUUCAUACAGUUGUAGGAGCAGGUAGCCAUCGUGAGAGUACAGUUCAAUUCCUAGCUGACAUUCCUUUUUCUUUUUUUUUUCGCGGAAGAUUUUACCCAGCCACUUGUUUACGUCGUAUUCAGCAGUCAUUAAUCGUUUGAUUGCAUUAGGUUCUAGUAGAAAAUUUUCAGCGAAUCUUAGCCCUCUGAUCACUGCUAUCAUGCAAUUAUAAACUUACGAAUCGACUUGUAUCUCUUUUUGUGGUACUAUUGGAUGAUUCAUAUAGUGGGAUCUAUUGGUAGUCUAGAACAACGCCAUAAGAGAAGAAACUGAAGCAUUACGUGGCUUUUCUGGUAAAGUUCAUUAUGAUUUCUAAUGGAAACAGAUACUAAGUUGGUCAUAAGUUUUUCGGAUUAGAUGAAUAACAAUCGACAGAUUAUUUGCGAGCAUUUGUUGAUCAGUUCUAUCAUAUCCAUGUUGUGGUCUAGUUAUGUUUUCUCUUACAUUUUCUACGCACAAUAUGUUGAUCAGUUCUAUGUAAAAUUUCAUUUUAGGUGCCACGAAUGGUGCAAUGGACGCUGGAAAUCUAUUGAAACCAAUGCUGGGACGAGGAGAGUUGCGUUGUAUUGGGGCCACUACUCUUGACGAAUACCGAAAGUACAUUGAGAAAGAUCCAGCAUUGGAACGUCGCUUCCAACAAGUUUUUGUUGAUCAACCCUCGGUAGAAGAUACGAUUUCCAUCCUACGUGGGUUAAGGGAGAGAUAUGAACUACAUCAUGGAGUCAGAAUUUCUGAUAGCGCACUUGUGGAGGCUGCCAUUCUGUCUGAUCGUUACAUCAGCGGGCGCUUCUUGCCUGAUAAAGGUAACAUUGCCUGAAUCCUUAAUCUUCGUAAAUACUCUCCUGAAACAUUGUUUAAUGUUGCCAAAAGCAUGUGAAAUACAUUUGACUGCGGUCAAUACUGUUAAUUAUAACUUAUUUAGACAAGAAAACACAUACAGUGAAAAACCAGUCUUCUGAAGGUAGAUCCGGCUUAAUUCAACUGAAAUCAGGCAUCUAGACGUGCUUGCACUUGUUGUAAAACAGAUUGGAAUUAGUGCAUCUAUCAAGUAACUGCAAGGACAAACUAGUCAUGGAAUAAGAGGAGAGAUGAGAUUGAGACAAUCCAGAAGUCGUGCAGUGGUGAUUCUUGCCUUCCUGAAGGAGGGGAAAUCUGGUGGGGGAGUCCCAGGUCUACAGCUGUUAUAAACUCAUGGCUACCAGGAGUUGUUCGUGCUACACAAUUGCGACCAUCGGAUUGGAAAGCAAUUAGGUGUCGAUGGGUGCACCUGUUUGCAUCCAGCACAGGUGCUGCCUGUUACCGUCACCUAGUUGAUCUUCUCUGGGAGGACUCUUGCUUCAUGUUAUAAAUAUGCCCAGUAGUGAUUUUGAGUGGGAUGACUAGGUCAGCUGUUACUUAUUAGAGAAAGAAAUUACCCUUUGAGUGUCUCUGAAAGGACAUGACUUUUUUUUCGGUGAGUGAUAGGGAUGAGUCUUGUGGAUUCCGUUGUGGAGCUGAUUAAAUUCUUCUGUGAUAAUAAAUCAAAAAUAUCGUUGACGAAAAGCCCCAUACAGUCUUGGAAGUCAAAGCACAUGAAUUUACCCGUAUUUUCUUAAACUGAAAUCCUCAGAGAAUGAUCUACACAUCUUCAGUGAAACCAUUUUGCGCAUAAAUGUGGCCACUUCCUCGGCAUGGUCUGGCUGAGGUGACCCCUCCGAUUGCAGUGCCCUGCUAGCUUAGGCAAUUCCGAUUUCUUUCUAAUGCUCUGGUUUCUUCUUCUGUUUUCCCUCGGGAGCCUGAGAUGUGUUCUUGGACAGCUAUUGAUUUAGUUGACGAGGCAGCGGCGAAACUGAAGAUGGAGAUUACGUCGAAACCGACUGCACUCGACGAGAUCGAUCGCUCUGUGCUGAAACUGGAGAUGGAACGUCUCUCCCUCACGAACGAUACGGACAAGGCGUCAAGAGAUAGAUUCAGCCGGCUCGAUUCAGAGCUGUCUCUUCUCAAGGAGAAGCAGGCGGAGCUUACCGAACAGUGGGAGCACGAAAAAUCUGUGAUGACCCGCAUUCAGUCCAUCAAGGAAGAGGUACGAGGCCCCGUCCCACGUUCCGUGCCCCUCUCAGAAAAAUUUAAAAGAUUGGAAAAUAAAAAAUAAAAAAUCCCAAUAUAGGGUGGUAAAAUAUUCUCAGCCGCCCUAGUUGGGUGGAAUUCCAUGGUAAUUAAUGUAGAAAGAAGCCCUUUUCGCUACCAUGCUAUAUUAAUAUAGAAAUAUUCUUCACAGAGAGAAGAGUGUAAAAUGAUGCUCCCGUCUGAAUCUAUCUUUCUUCACUGGCCUCCUUUUCUGGUGCAGAUCGACAGGGUGAACCUCGAGAUUCAGCAAGCAGAACGCGAGUACGAUCUCAACCGCGCCGCGGAGCUCAAAUACGGCAGCCUCAACUCUCUCCAGCGGCAGCUGCAGACAGCGGAGAAGGAGCUGAACGAGUACCUAAACUCGGGCAAGUCCAUGCUGAGGGAGGAGGUCUCCGGGAACGACAUCGCGGAGAUCGUCAGCAAAUGGACGGGCAUCCCCGUCUCGAAGCUGCAGCAGUCGGAGCGAGAGAAGCUGCUCAACCUGGAAGACGAGCUGCACAGGCGCGUGGUGGGCCAGGACCCCGCCGUGAGGUCCGUCGCGGAGGCCAUCCAGCGGUCCCGAGCCGGCCUCUCGGACCCUCACCGUCCCAUCGCGAGCUUCAUGUUCAUGGGUCCCACGGGGGUCGGCAAGACCGAGCUGGCCAAGGCCUUGGCCUCGUACAUGUUCAACACCGAGGAAGCUCUGGUGCGGAUAGACAUGAGCGAGUACAUGGAGAAGCAUGCCGUCUCCCGGCUCAUCGGCGCGCCCCCCGGCUACGUCGGGUACGAGGAAGGAGGGCAGCUCACGGAGGUGGUCCGCCGGCGGCCCUACGCCGUCAUUCUCUUCGACGAGAUCGAGAAGGCCCACGCCGACGUCUUCAACGUGUUCCUCCAGAUCCUGGACGACGGCCGCGUCACCGACUCCCAAGGCCGCACCGUCAGCUUCACCAACACCGUCAUCAUCAUGACCUCCAACGUCGGCUCCCAGUACAUCCUCACUGGCGCCGAGGACACCGACGACGAGGCCAACGACGGGGGAGACCUCUCCUACGAGACCAUCAAGCGGCGGGUCAUGGACGCCGCCCGCUCCGUCUUCCGCCCCGAGUUCAUGAACCGCGUCGACGAAUACAUCGUCUUCCGCCCCCUCGACCGGGAACAGAUCAAGAGCAUCGUCAGGCUCCAGGUAAGAACAAGCCCUCCCUCUUUCCCUCUUCAUCUCUUUGGUCGGUCUGCCAUCCUCUGUAGCGUCUGACGCGCGGCCCUGCCGCAGCUGGAGCGGGUGAAGAAGCGGGUCAGCGACCGGAAGAUUGGGAUCAACGUGACGGACGCGGCGGUUCAGCUGCUGGCCAAGCUCGGGUACGAUCCGAACUUCGGGGCGAGGCCCGUGAAGCGGGUGAUCCAGCAGAACGUGGAGAACGAGCUGGCCAAGGGGAUCCUGAGGGGGGACUUUGCGGACGAGGACACCAUCUUGGUCGACACAGAGGUCACUGGAUUCUCCAACGGCCAGCUCCCCCUCGAGCGCUUGGUAUUCCGCAGGGCUGCUACUCCGCCCUCUCCCGACGAGCCCGCUUCCGAGGAUCAUCGCCGGGCCCUCUCUGAGAGCCGCUGA